CGCUAUAUAUAACGUGCAACAAUAGUUAGUAAGACUUCUGAUAAUUGAGUGUGUAAGCAUCGGAGAAAAAGACUAGCAGCUGCAGCAAGCAAACAUAAAAUAAUGGAGGACGACACGAGGAGGACGAUGAUGAAGACAAACUUCCUCGUUCAUUGCAAAAAGAACAUCAUGAACGGCGGCGAGGAGGAACAGGACGACGGUCCUCUUUCACUCCCCGGGUUCCGGUUCCAUCCGACGGACGAAGAGCUAGUUGGGUUUUAUCUCAAGAGGAAAGUGGAGAAGAAGGCUCUGCGAAUCGACAUCAUCAAACACCUGGACGUCUACAAGUAUCAGCCAUGGGAUCUCCCAAGUGAACUCCAAUCCUACUUUCUAAGUGUGUAUAUAUAUGUAUCAUGCUGGUUCGUUGGUCCUGUCCUGACAGACAGUUGCUUUGCUUCUGCAGCAGAUGCACAAGGGGGAGGAGGAGAAAGGGAAUGGUAUUUCUUCUGCAAGAGAGGGAGGAAGUACAAGAACAGCGUGAGGCCCAACAGGGUGACUGCCGGUUGCGGGUUCUGGAAAGCCACCGGAAUCGACAAGCCCAUUUAUUCCACCGGCGGUGGUGGUGGUGACUGCUGCAUCGGCCUGAAGAAGUCUCUGGUUUACUACAGGGGAAGCGCCGGGAAAGGCACCAAGACCGACUGGAUGAUGCACGAGUUUCGUCUCCCACCUAGCAACACCUACGAAGCAGAGGUUUGGACGCUCUGUCGAAUCUUCAAGCGAGAGGCGUCUUACAGCAAGAAAGCAGACUCCCACAGUUGCAGAACAAGUGCUUCUGAAUCAGCUGGUGAUAGCUGCUGUUUUCCAUACGGAGUGUUGGGGGACAAGCUGGUCGAUGUGAUUGAUUCUAAAUCGUCGUCGGUUUGGAACCAUGGCUGUUGCAGUUCAGACAGCCAAUUGAUGAACUUCACCAAUAAAGAUGACGAUGAUCAUCAUCAAUGCCAGAGCAGCUUCUGCGAGCAAAGCAGCGGGCAACUGCAGGAAGAGUGUUUUGAAGAUGGGAGCUGGGAUGAACUCAGGCCGAUGGUCGACUUUGCUUUCGGCCACUCCAUCUUCUAUGAAUAG